AAAAUUAACAUUGCCAGAUAAUCGAAACCACAAAAAAGGAGGCUCUAAAAAAUCUAGUUGGAUAUGGAAUUUAAUGGAACCAAUUGAAAUUAUUAAUAGCAAUGGAACCAUAUCUAGAAAUGCAUUAUGUAAAGUGAAUAUAUCUGAGACACCUGAUGUUAUAGAAAGUUGUGGCAUAACAAUUCGUGGUGGUGAUUUUUCCACAUCAAAUUAUAUUUCACAUUUGAUGUCUGCCCAUGGGAUAACUAAAGACAAUUACAAAUGCAAAAUUGAUAAAGGUUUUAAAAUAAUUAAAAAAAAUUACAACUACCUAUGUGCUAUUGGAGACAUAUGUACUCGUUGGAAUAGUUCCUUCCUAGCAUGGGAGAGAAUUUACAAAUUGAGAGAUGCUGUAUUUACUGCAUUGCAUAACAUAUUAUAUAAACAAAAAAAUAAUAAUAGUCAAACAAAAAAAGAUUAUAAUCGUCUCAAGAAAGUGAUGCUAGAAGAAGAUGAAUGGGAGUUUAUGUUUGAAAUGAUCAACAUUUUGGGCCCAUUUUAUGAAGCUACACUAUUGUUAGGAGGUAGUAAAUUUGUAACAAUAAGUCUUGUCUACCCAUUAAUUGCAACGUUGAAAAAAAAAUAUAGAGUUGUGUCUUCUGAACCUGAUGAGGAACCUGAAUAUGAAACAACUGAAGAUGCUUUUGAUGGAAAUAUUGAAUAUUAUUUGAAUCAUUAUUGGAAAGAUCCAACUGCUGAAGAAUUAAUUGUAUGUGUAUUAGAUCCUAGA